AUGCCGGAGCGGCUGAAAACUGACACGCAAUCCUUACGGCCCGAUUACGCAAAAUAUACUGCUGAACCUUUCGAGCGCGGAUUUGGAACAACUCUCGGCAAUUCGCUACGCCGAGUCCUCCUUUCCUCAAUUAAAGGUGCAGCGAUUACGGCUGUUCAAAUUGAACAGGUAAAACACGAAUACGCCACAAUUUCCGGGGUAUUGGAAGAUGUGGUCCAGAUUAUUCUCAACCUUAAAGAGGUUCGGCUAAACAUCGCAACAGAUGAUCCAAUGCAGCUCAUAUUGAAAGCUGAAGGUUCCGGUGAAGUCACCGCUGCUGACAUCCGUCCUAACGCACUUGUUGAGAUUAUAAACCCUGACCAACAUAUCGCAAUGCUCGACGAAUGCGAGGGGUUAAAUAUAGAAAUCCACGCCCAAACAGGAAGAGGAUACUCUCUUGCCGAAGAGCAUAGAACCCUAGAACAGAACAUCGGGCUAAUUCCUGUCGACGCGAAAUUCUCACCUGUUGAGAAAGUCAACUUCUGGGUAGAGGAAACGCGCGUCGGCGAUAUGACAAACUUUGAUAAACUUAACCUCGAAGUCUGGACAGAUGCAACCAUCACAGCAAAGGAAGCUGUUACGCGCGCAGCGACUAUUUUGCUACAACAACUCGAACUGUUUACAGAAUUCGAUGAAAACUAUGUUGAACCGGAACCUGAGAUUGACGAGACAAAACUACGGCGAAACCGAUAUCUCGCCAAGCCUGUCUCCGAACUUGAACUCUCUGUCCGAGCCAGCAACUGCCUCGAAACCGCAAACAUUAAGACCAUACGGGAACUCGUCACAAAAGAGGAAAAGGAUAUGUUGGAAUACAAGAAUUUCGGGCGAACUUCGCUAAAUGAAAUCAAAGAUCAACUUGCCAACAUGGGCCUUACCCUCGGAAUGGACCCAGACGAUAUGGACGACGCAGACAUCAGUGAAGAAGAUAUGGAGCAAACUCCCUUGUUGCAAUCAUAA